CCGGCGAUAAUUGCGACAUCUUUUACAUUAAAAAUCAACACCGCCGGAUGAGUGUCGCCGGCGUCUACCGUUUAACUCUUUUUCUCCCGCCGAAGUGUCGUCUCCUUAACUUCAGCCUCCCCGCCAAUGGGAAGCGCACUCAAUCUCUGCUACCACAUCGCUUCUCUGUAGUACACCAUAGUCACCGAUUGGCUAACUCUUUUAGACACAAAGCUUCAGAUAAAGCUGAUGCUGAGGCUGAGCCCUCUUAUGGUGAAGGUGAAGUGUUGGAUAAGAAUGAGAGAAGCAGGAAAAAUCCGUUCGUUUCAGAAGAGCUUCUCAAGAAGUUGAAGAGAUAUGGACUCUCUGGAAUAUUAUCCUAUGGGUUACUUAAUACGGUCUAUUACUCCACAGCUUUCCUCUUGGUCUGGUUUUAUGUGGCCCCAGCACCAGGAAAAAUGGGUUAUCUUGCUGCGGCUGAGAGAUUUCUUAAAGUGAUGGCCAUGGUCUGGGCUGGAAGCCAAGUUACUAAGCUCAUCAGAAUCGGAGGGGCAGUCGCACUUGCACCUAUUGUUGAUAGAGGAUUGUCGUGGUUUACAGUAAAAUGCAAGUUUGAAAGUCAGGGAAAAGCUUUUGGCGCACUUGUUGGGAUAUGUCUUGGUCUGGCUUUGAUGCUAUUUAUGGUUGUAACACUGCUUUGGGCAUAGUACAGAAUGAUAGCUACAUUAAGUUGGUUUUGCUUUUACAACAACUGUGGUUUUGGUGACAACAUUAUGGACUUGAGUGGACCUCUGAUCCGGUCUGUUCUGUAUUUGAAUGAUACAUUCAGAUUUAGCAUCAAGAUCUUAUUCGUUUA